AUGGAAAUCCUCCCAUCUCAGAGGAAAUCCUCAUUUACAUCCGCCUCCGCUGCUGUUCAGACAAUCCCACUUUACCGCUCGGCACCGGACCUCGAAGUCCAACUCGAAGAAUUUGAACUUUACGCCAUUCAACGUCUCCGAGUUCUUAAAGGUAUUUCAGAUGGAUUAUCCCGGGGAAAGAAACCCGACGAAUUGGAGAAAUUGGUAGAUGAUUUAUGGAAGGCAAAUAUGAUGCAUCCUAAAGCAUCGGAGGUUGUCAACAAGGAUAUCAUUUCCCAUUUUGUUCUGCGCCUUGUUUAUUGCAGAGAAGAGGAAUUAAGCAAAUGGUUUCUUUCGAUGGAGACUACCUUGUUUUGCUGUCGCUUUCAACAUCAAAGUGCUGAAGCCAAGAGGGCAUUGUUGGAAAAGUUUGACCUGCCAUGCAAAGCCGUAAGCAUUGCUGAAUAUGAGAGUUUGAAGGAUAAAUUGAACCAAGUAGCACGCUCCGUUGGGGUUCCACCCAGUGCUGACACCAAAUUCUACAAGGUUCCAUUUGAGGAAGUUCCCGACCUUGUGGCGAAGCGUAAAGUACUUGUACAGAAGGGAAAUGCGUAUUUUGCAAUGAACCAGGUGAUUUCCCUUCUUAUGACACAAUACCGCAGCCAUCUUUCAAAGGCACUUGCGUUGACAAAAAGAAAAUGGAUCUCCAUGAUCAGAGAACAAGAAAAGGACAGACUAACUCCUAUUGUUGAAGCUCUAUCCACAAGUUAUUUAGGUCCUGAUUACAGCCAGCCAAAAGAAUAUGCAGAACUAUCAAUAAAGGACAUUGAUCAAGUUGCUAAAAGGUCAUUCCCACUCUGCAUGCGUCAUUUGUUUGACAAGCUCAGAGAGGAUCAUCAUUUGAAGCAUGGAGGUCGUAUGCAACUGGGUUUAUUUCUCAAGGGUGUUGGACUGAAGUUAGAUGAUGCCCUUGCUUUUUGGAAAGUGGAGUUCUCCCGAAAGGUUGGUGCCGACAGAUUUGACAAAGAAUAUGCAUAUAGCAUACGCCACAAUUAUGGAAAAGAAGGGAAGAGGACAGAUUACACUCCCUAUUCAUGUCAAAAGAUUAUAAGUUCAACCCCGGGUGUUGGAGAUCAUCAUGGAUGUCCUUAUCGUCAUUUCAGUGAGGAGAAUUUGAGAGAAGCUCUUGCUAAGAUGGGAGUGGGUGGUCGUGCUGUGGAAGAGAUCAUUGAUAAAAAGCGAAACAGACAUUUUCAGUUAGCAUGCACCUUGACUUUUGAAGCUGUUCAUGGGGCAUCAUGUGAUGCUGGGAUUAACCAUCCAAACCAGUACUACAUUGACAGCAAAAGGAUCUUGGAAUCAAAGAACAAUUCCAAGAGUACAUAA